UUAAUGUGAGUGUUGCGUUUGGAUUGGUCACAUGAAACUUGCUAUAAAAGGUGAACCAAGCUAACAGUCAGUUCACCUUGUUUUCAGGUUGCAGCUGAGCCAAGAUGAAGGCCAUUGCUGUCCUUGCACUUUGGGUGACCCUUUUCCACCAGGGAUACAGCAACACCCUGGACUCAUGUCAGGGUCGGUGUGGUUAUGGAACGGACAAUAGUUUCUCCUGUCAGUGUAACCCGUCCUGUGAGCGCUACAGAGACUGUUGUUCUGACUACACUGAAAUAUGUAAAGGUGACGGAGGAGGUGGAGGUAGUGUGAUCACUGAUGCUGAGAUCAAGGCUCUCUCUGAGACACUCUACGCUCUGGAUUCAAACAAGGCUUCAGCCUCAGAGUUGGUCAUUGACCCUCAGGCUCUGGUGCCAGACUCUCAGACGAGCUCCAAAGACGAUCUCGCCUCUGCACCCUUGUUCCAAUACCUGAAUGAGGAGGCUCUGUUCUCCAGACCCACCUACGCUGCUCUCCUUGCUGUGCUGGACAACUAUAACAGGAUGACUGGACAGACAGAGGACUUCAGUCCUGAGCAGCUGGCUGAGCAGGACGUCUUCCUCAAGGAGACCAUGUCCAACACUGAGCUGGGCAGAGAGCUGUUUGCUUUUCUCUACACCAAAGGCAUCUAUGCAUCAGAGGAAGAGUUCAUUCAGGACCUGAAGAUGAUGUGGUUUGGUCUGUACUCCCGCAACAACAACAAGAUGGACUCCAGCGGCUUUGAACACAUCUUCGCAGGAGAGGUCAAGGGAGGAAAGGUGUCUGGUUUCCACAACUGGAUUCGCUUUUAUCUUCUCGAGAAAAAAGGACAGCUGAACUACUACAGCCACAGCUUCAAUGGGCCUUGGGCUACCUACCCUGAUGUCAUGGGGAUGCAGUUCAUGUGGGAGGGCUACUACAAGCAGGUCGGUUCUUCAGUCAUUGGCUGCAGCCCUGAAUUUGACUUUGCCUUAUACAGCCUCUGCUACAUCACUCGCCCUGGAAAACAGUGUCGUCUGAGCCUGGGAGGGAAGGCGCUCAUUAUCCAAACGUACACGUGGGAUAACUCUUUCUAUGGUGAUGGGAAGAAGUACAUUGGCUCUGCCUUCCCUGCAACCCCAUAAGAACUGAAGCUGCCAUCUGCUAAAUUAUAAGCAACUCAUGGAGGCUUGUCUGCUUGUGUUUCGU